CAUGUGUAUUUUGAAACACACGACUUCCGAUAACCACCUGGGACUCUCCCACACCGACCGUCAUUAUGAACAAACCGGUGGUAUGGAGGAGUGUCUGGAUGCCCCUGCUGCUGGCUGGCCUAACUGCGUCCCAGGGACAAAACAAUAUGGGAACAAUUCGGUGCUUAGAGUGUCCGCAGGCAAAAUCUCCAACGGUCUGUGACAAUUGGGCGCAGUGUGGACGAGGAGAGAUCUGUUACGCCAGAGAGUAUAUCGACCACAACGGAGACAGGGCUUACAAUAUGGGCUGCGAGGACAAAACGAGAUGUGAGUUGUUCAUUAAUGCCAAGAUAUUAAUUGGGAAACGAGAAACAGACGACCUUGAGGUUACUAAUGAGAACGACUUAGAUCCUCUUCCUCCAGAGAAGUGCUACCAGUGUUGCCCACAGAACGACUGUAACGCGAGAUUGUGUGCUGGCUUCACAGGCGGAUUAACUCCUACCAUCAAAUCCGGGUCUCAUUCUUCCUGUCCGCCCACAUUUGUUACCGGGCCCACCAGCUGUUACUACGUCGCCAACUGGACCGUGAACUGGGAGACAGCUCGGCUGGACUGUGCAAGACGAGGGUCAGACCUGGCGGCCAUCCACUCCAGACAGGAGCAGACCUUUCUGGCCAACCUCCUCAAUGAAACUGAAGCCACAUACCACCCGACUCAGGGCUACUGGACGGGUGGGGUGUACGUGACAGCUACCAAGUCAUGGAUAUGGGUGGACAUGACCAAAGCGUCCUUCACAAACUGGGGGCCAGGGCAACCGUCCACCAGCGAUUAUAACCAAAGAGUUGUGCUUCACAACCCAAUAAAGUACCCCACCUUUGUGGGGUGGCAGUGGUCCAUCUCUGCACAUACAACUGGAAUGGGUUUCAUCUGUGAAAGGGAUUUCGUAUGAACUUAAAUAAAAGUAUCAACGGGUU